AUGGCGACGGUAGUGCUUCUGGUGGCGUUCGCUGCAUUCUCAGCCAAGGUGGAGGCCCACGAGGAACACGAUGCGCACCAUUGGAAGCACAUGGCGCACGAGCUGCUGUUCGAGAAGAAGGAUUACACGAUGCAAAAGAUUAACGUCGCCAAGAACAUCAUGGUGUUCGUCGGUUCGGGAAUGUCGCAACCGACGGUGACGGCCGCCCGCUUCUACAACGGUGGCGACAAUGAAACCUUUUCCUUCGAGCGGCUAAAGUGGAGCGGAAAUGCACGGACCUACUGCGUGAACAGCCGCGUUCCGGACCCGGCCUGCGCCGGGACAGCCUUUCUGACGGGCGUGAAAUCGAACCUCGGCACCGUGGCGAUGGAUCCGACGGUCAACCGGGGCGCCUGCGAGCUGGACCCGGCGAAAAAACUCGCCUCCAUCGCCAAGUGGGCGCUCGACGCGGGAAAAGCAGUCGGUUUUGCCACAACGUCUCGUGUCACCUCCGGUUCGAACGCAGCCCUGUUCGCCAACAGCCCGGACAGCCGGUGGGAAAACGAUGCGGACGUAAAAGCCGCCGGCUGUAACGUAAACACCGUGCCGGACAUUGCGCAUCAGCUCAUCCACGGAGACAUUGGCAAGCACUUCAAGGUGAUACUCGGCGGAGGAAGGAAGAACUUCAUCCCCACCACGGAAACGGACACCGCCACCGGAGCCCGCGGUUUGCGAACCGACGGGAAAAAUCUGAUCAAGGAGUGGCAAGAUUCGAAGCAGGGAGCGAACGCAACAUACAUCACCACAAAUAGCCAACUGGGAGCCCUGGACACAUCGCAGAUCGAUUUCCUGCUCGGGCUGUUCGACUUUGACAACCUGCCGUACAGCACGGACAUCGAAAGCGACACGCCACCACUUGUCCGCAUGGUGCACUACUCGCUUGAGAUGCUGCAGAAGAAAGAACACACCAACGGCUUCCUGCUGUUCGUCGAGGACGGCAACAUCCGCCGGGCACAUCAGGAGAACAAGGUCCGCAAGGCGCUCGAACAGGUGCGCCACUACAGCGGCGCCUUCAACAUGGCGCACAUGAUGGGGUCCGAGCAGAACACGCUGUUCGUGUCACUGAACGACGUCGGCAGCACGCUCGCCCUGCCCGGCUACCCGGCCCGCUCGACCGACCCCGUCUCCAGCACGGCCGGCACCAGCGAUGCCGACGCCCUGCCCUACCUUGGCCUCGCGUACGCCACCGGCCCGGCCCACUCGUCCUUCUACCGGACCACUUCCGGCCGGCUCGAUCCCACCGUCGUCCUGCAGGGCAUGCCGGAACCGUUCGAGCGCACCUGCCCGGCGUCGGUCCCGAUGGCGGAGGGCGCCGAUGGCGGAGAGGAUGCCGCCGUGUACGCUUCCGGUCCGUGGGCUUUCAUGCUGUCCGGAGGCUACGAGCAGCACUUCAUCGCACAUCAGAUCGCCUUUGCGUCCUGCAUGGAUGGGGCCUGUGAUGGCGCUUCGGCGAUGGCCCUUUCCAUGGCCACUGUUGUCCUAGCGCUGGUCGCCAAAUUGUGCGCUUAA